AUGGCGGCCUCGGCCGGGACUGAGGAGGGGAAAUCGCUCCUUUGGCAAACUCCCAGCCACCAAGAGGUCCUCUUAGCUUCCACGGACAGCGGGUGGAAGCCGCCAAGGCAGCAGGUCGGAUCGUGUCCCUGUCCUCAAGACCUCUGUGCUACACCAGUGUUCCACUGGGGACAGUCUGGGGACAGACACCACACCUCAUCCCCCGGGUGCUGCUGUCCCUGCAGGGCCACCCCCACCCAGCCCUGUCCCUUCUCCCUUCCAGCCCAGACCCUCGGCCUCGCUGGCGCCCAGACCACCCAGCUCCUGGUGGAGCCCCCCUGGACACCAGCAGUGCUGUGGGACAGGGUGACACUGACCUGCCAGGGCUUGGGGACCGCCAGUGCCACCACCUGGUACAAGGAUGGGCAGCGAUGGGGGCAGAACAGACGAGACUACGUCACUGUCACCGAGAGGGGCACCUACACAUGUGACAGACCUGGCAGUGGACGCAGCCCCCCUGUGACAGUCUUAGAUGAUCAGCUGGUGCUGCAGGUGCCAGCACGGCCACUGCUGGAGGGGGACAUGGUGACACUGCGCUGCCGGAGCUGGCAGGAUAUGCCGGUCUCCAAGGUGAAAUUUUACAAAGAUGAGAAGGAUUUGGGGGGGUCCCUCAGGGGGACCGAGCUGUCCCUGCCCCCCCUGCAGCUGCACCACAGCGGCCGCUACCACUGCGGGGCUUUGGUGAACUUGUGGCAGUCACAGUCAGCGCUGGUGACAGUGACAGUGCACGAGCUGUUCUCAGUGCCAGUGCUGGAGGGUCCACCUGAAGUCACCGAGGGGUCCCCCCUGACUCUCAUCUGCCUCAGCACCCCCAGCCCCCUGCGGCCCGGAGCCCCCCUCCUGCACCUCUUCUACCAGGACGGGCAGUUGGUGGGAGGCCCGCAGGGGUCCCCGCAGCUCCUGGUGCCUGCCGUGGGUGUCUCCCACUCGGGGAAUUACAGCUGCCAUGUGCGCUCCGAGGAGGGGACUGUGCAGAAGAGCAGCGCCCGGCUCGGCGUCACGGUGCGCAGAGUCCCGCCCUCGGGGGUGUCCCUGUCAGCACAGCCCCCCGGGGCACAGGUGGCACUGGGGGACCGCCUGGUGCUGAGCUGCACGGUGGCGGCAGGGACAGGUCCCCUGGCCUUCACCUGGCACUGGCGGCUUUGGGGACACUGCUUGCCUCCGGUCCCCACUGGGGCUGCACCACAUUGGGACAGUGGCCACAUCAGGGCGGGCCAGUGACAGGACAGCGUGGCUGAGAGCCCCACAUAUAAUGUCACUGUCCUGGUGCCUGUGGCCAAUGCCACCAUCACCCCCGGUCCCCUGUCACACCAGGUGCACACAGGUGACCCCGUGACCCUGUGCUGCUCGGUGCAGGUGGGCUCAGCCCCUGUCACCUUCACCUGGCUGCACAAUGGGCAGGAGGUGGCCCGGGGUCCCGUCCUGGAGCUUGGGGACUUUGAUGUGACACAUUCGGGCACCUACCAGUGCGUGGCCACCAACCAGCUGGGACAGGACGGGCACCGCGUGUUCUGUGCACUCAGCCCCGAGCUGGCCCUGGAGGUGACCCCACAAGGACACUGGAACACAGAAGUGGCCACUGGGGUUGGCAGGUCCCUCCUCUUCCUGGGUCUGCUCGUGGUUGGAGUUUUUUGCUGGCGCCGGUGGAACCACAUGGCUGCCAGGAAGCAGCAGGAAAGCCCCCCAGAGGAGGGGGAGGUGCUGUACACCCACGUCGUGAGCACCAAGCAGAUGGGAGUGUCCCCCUGCGCCACCACAUUCCAGGAUCCCCCGGUGACCUACGCAGAGCUGCGGAGACCCCGUGGGCGACUGCAGGAACUCAGUGACAUCUACGGGAACAUGCUGUGA